AAAAAUAUCUACUUCCGUAUUUAUAGAGAUUUGAAGUUCAAGCCUAUAUUCGUUGGAAACGUCCAGUUAUAUUUUGACGGCAUAGCCAACUAGGCUCUGUUAAUAUCUUGUGGCUACUACCAAUUAGUACUAUCAACCAUGCCGAAAGCCGUGUUUUCCUACUUCCCCAUGAAGGGUCUGGGUGAACCAUCUCGCUUGCUGCUGGCGUAUGGUGGAGUGGAGUUCGAAGACCGCCGUAUUCCUCAGGGAGAAGAAUGGCUGGCAUUCAAACCCCAGACCCCAUUCGGUCAGAUGCCCGUGCUUGAGAUGGACGGCAAGCAGUAUGCCCAGAGCUACGCCAUCGCGCGGUACUUGGGCCACAGGUUUGGAUUAGCUGGAGACAACAUCGAGGAAGCAUUCGACAUCGACCAGAAUGUCUACUUAAUCGAUGACCUUCGACUCAAGGGUGCGAUUGUGCACUAUGAACCCGACCCGGAGGUAAAGGAAAGGAAAUAUGCUGAGUACUCCAAGACCUGGUAUCCGAAUCUUUUGGAGAGAUUGAACGCUGUCGUUGUGAAGAACAACGGUCACGUCGCACUCGGAAAGUUGACAUGGGGUGACUUCGUGUUCGCUGGUAUGCUGGACUACCUGAAGUUGCUGCUGAGGAUGCCGGACCUUGAGAAGCAGUACCCUGCCUUCAAGCAGGUCGUUGACAACGUGUACUCUAUUCCCAAGGUCAAGGCGUACGCUGAUGCUGCUCCUGUCACUCACUUUUACCGCAAGAAAUUGAAUGGAGUGUAUUCAGCGUAUCUAAUAGCCACAUCGAAGAACCAUGAAGUUUCUUGCCCAAUCAUGCCGAAAGCAGUAUUCUACUAUUUCAAAAUGAAGGGUCUGGGAGAACCAUGCCGUCUGCUACUGGCUUACGGCGGCGUGGAUUUCGAAGACAUACGCUUUGAACGACAUGGCCAAGAGUGGGAGGAAUUCAAGCCAAAAACCCCAUUCGGCCAGGUGCCCGUUCUGGAGAUGGACGGCAAAACAUACGCACAGAGUUAUUCCAUCGCCAGGUUCCUGGGUCGCAAGUUUGGGCUCGGCGGAGACAAUAUCCAAGAGGAAUUCGAGAUCGAUCAGAUAGUUGACUUGAUUGAUGAUCUUAGGAAAAGGGCUGCAUCUGUCGACUAUGAGCCGGAGCCGGAUCUAAAGGAAAAGAGACACGCUAUAUACGCGAAGACUGUUUACCCAGACCUCUUGCAGAGGAUCAACGAUAUUAUCGUUAAAAAUAACGGCUACGUGGCACUUGAAAAGUUGACAUGGGGCGACUUCGUCCUGGCUGGUCUGAUAGACUACCUGAAGAAGAUGCUGCGGAUGCCCGACCUUGAGAAGCAGUACCCUGCCUUCAAGCAGGUCGUUGACAAAGUAUUUGCUUUCCCAAAAGUAAAGGCGUAUGCUGAUGCCGCCCCUGAAGCAUUAUUUUAAAUUCUGAUGAUUAUAAGACUUAUGUGUGUUGAAGUUAAAUAAAUGUUUAUUUUAUA